ACUCACACUCUCACCUUUACUCCUUUCUGACGCGUCAAGCAUACAGAAGAGCCGGUCAUUACUCGGUCUUCCGUCCUUCACCGUUGUACCUUCAAACCACUUCACUUUGACACACUUGACACAAAGUGAUGUCCUGUGUCGGAAUUGCAGUCAUGUCUUCACCUUAUCACCAGUUGUCAAUCCACACAAUGUCUUACCACUCCCAUCGACAUGGUUCUCGAUCCUCUCAAGGACACAGUUCCUCGUCUGCUCGUUCAUCUCCCACCAGCGGAGCAAAACCUCCGACACUACUCACUGCGCCCUCGCCACUCUCCGCUCCUCUUUCAUUGGCUUCAUCGUCAUCUGCCGGCGGGCCAUCGUCAUCACGUUUACAUCCCCCUUCCCGAGGCACAGUCCUUCAGGCUCACUCACACCAUGUCCAACCAGCCCAAGCUAAUGAAAUCUCCCCUCAUCUAUUCAUUUCCGACCUCGCCUUCGCCGAAAACCCAACAUUACUAUCAACACAUCGUAUAACACACAUCCUUUCCGUUCUCCCCGAACGAAUAAACAUCCCCUCCGAUCGCCACCUCACACGAAUGCAAAUCUGCGUCGAAGACUUCCCGUUUGCCGAGUUAGCUGCACAUCUACCCACUACCACGAAGUUCAUUCGAGAUGGAUUACGCAGCUAUGGUGGAGAAGGAAGGGUUCUCAUUCACUGCGCAGAGGGAAUAAGUAGAAGCGUGAGUGUGGUAGCAGCGUUUCUGAUGGCGCAGUAUGGGUGGACUCCUGGCGAGGCUAUUGCGUUCAUUAAGGAGAAAAGAAAGGUGGCGAAUCCGAAUUUUGGGUUCAUAAAGCAGUUGUAUGAAUAUGGGAGGGAGUCGUUAGGGAUGAGGGGAUUGACUGAUGGGAUGUAGAAUCCCCGCGGAGAGGAAAAAGAUCAAACUUCCCAAAAAGAUGAGACGAAGGAAACGACUAUUCCCCCCGUGGUCGGAUAGUUCAUGAUCAUCAUCGCUCCCUUUUUUGGUUCAUUUCAUUCAAGAUACCCUUCCGCACGCAUCGACAACUUCUUUCCUGUACAACUUACUCGUAUAUACAUCACAACGUGCUUCUGAUGUUUCUUUUCUGUAUACUUUGGGGGCUAUCAUUAUUGUCUUCGAUGUUCUUUUUUUCACGUGUACAUAUAUUUUUCAAAGUCGUUGGGUCCUCUUACUGUAUCGUGUAUAGAUACUUAUCCUUAAAGUACGGUGGUUAUGGUUAUAUAUAUUAUCGAUUGUCGUCGUUAAUGAAUAUUGAAUACUGAAUACUAAUACGUCUUCCCUGG